AUGAUUGGGGUCGCCAACGCCAGACAACCUCCCGAGAACCUGAAUCUCCAACGCCAGGAAGAUAUCAGUCAAAGUGCUAUCCCGACAUCAGUCGAUGGCAUCCUCGAGAGCCUCACAAGCAAUAACAAUUGUCUUGGUUGCCAAUCCGAAGAUGAAGACGUCUGCGACGGAACAAUCACUCUUGAAGGUCCUGUGAUCGCCUCGAGCCUUCGCGACCUCACUCUGGGCAGUAAGACAGCUCAGGUCUUCUGUACUACACUUCUAGGUCUCUGCAAUUAUCCCGAAGUCGAACCCUACACCGUUCCAGUUCCCUCACAGCGCACAAAAACGAUCACUAACCUCAAUGCCACACUCAACACAACUCGGCCUUCGGUGUUUAAAAUUGCACAUUUCUCAGACAUCCACAUCGAUCCCCUUUAUGUCACCGGAUCCAAUGCGAACUGCUCAAAGCCUAUGUGCUGCAGGUCUUACACUCCUGCCGAUGAGCCCGGGAAUAACGACUUUCCUGCCGGCCCGUUCGGAGAUCAUAACUGUGGUGCCCCUGUGAGCCUCGAAAAAAGCAUGUACGAGGCCAUCAAGGCGUUUGCGCCCGACUUUGCAAUUUUCACAGGGGACAUUGUUGACCACGCCAUUUGGAAUACAUCUGUUGAGCAGAACUCAGCUGAGAUCAGCAUGGCGUAUCAUCACAUGUCCGAUGCUGGCUUGCAGAUUUAUGGCACCGUUGGCAAUCACGAGAUGUCUCCAGUGAACGCAAUACCACCCGCUCACCUCGGCAGCGGCGCUCAAUGGCUUUACGAUGUCUUGUCAGAUGCAUGGAAGACUUGGAUUGGGUCCCCUGCGAAAGCGAAAGAGAUUGGAGCCUAUUCAGUCCAGUCACCUAGGACCAAUCUGCGCAUCAUCUCCAUCUCUACAAACAUGUGGUACACUCUGAACUUUUGGCUUUAUCAAGACGUCCAAAAGGACCCCAGUCACCACAUCCAGUGGGUUGUGGAUGAACUGGACAAGGCAGAGAAGGCUGGCGAGCGUGUGUAUCUUGUUGGCCACAUGCCAAUGGGGACCUCCGAUGCGCUUCAUGAUGCAUCGAAUUACUUCGAUCAAGUCGUCAACCGUUACAAGUCAACCAUUGUGGGCAUGUUUUUCGGACACACCCAUUUGGAUCAUUUCCAAAUCAGCUAUUCCGACUACGAGCGCCGAACAGCAUCCAACGCGGUCGCCGUGUCUUACAUAGCCCCCUCAAUGACACCGCUUUCCGGCAUGCCGGCAUUCAGAAUCUACACUGUCGAUACGGCUACAUUCAACAUUCUGGAUAUCGAUACAUAUGUUGCCGACAUGAAUGAUCCCACGUUUCAAGUCCACCCCGUAUGGAAGAAGUACUACUCGGCGAAGGAAGUCUACGGUACCCUCGUCAACCCGUCCAUCUCACCAAAUGCAGAACUCUCUCCAGCGUUUUGGCACAAUGUGACUGUGGCGCUGGAGAAUGAUCCUGCAGCUUUCGAUGCAUACUGGACACGUAAAACCAGGGGUUGGAACGUACCUCCCUGUGAUGGCGACUGUCGCAGUUUUGAGAUUUGCCAGCUUCGUGCCGCUCGAAGCCAAGACAACUGCUUCGUACCCACACCCGGAGUUUCUUUUGGGAUCAGGGGGGAGAGAGGUGAAUAUUCCAUGUCAGCGGAGUGUGGUCGUUCUGUGGCAAGAGAAACCAUCGGGUCUCUCGCGAUCAAGAAGGAUCUGCUUAAGUUGUUGGUGAAGCUACUGAAAGAGAGUCAGGGACAUCGGUGA